GAUCUGGCCGAAGCUUUGGCACAUCUCGUUCUGCCGACAGCAUGCGCGUCGCCCUCGGUCUUGCGCUAGCGCCCAUAGCUGCCUCUGCCGCCAGCCUCCUUGGCAGCCCGGCAGUCGUGGCCUUCGCGACGGCCACGCACGCCACCGACCUCUCGCCGUGCAUGGGCCAGCUCUUGGCCUCGACGCCGGCGAGCUGCGCAUGGCUUGCGGACGCCACACGCUAUGGCGUUGACCAGCUCAACCAUAUGAUCAACACAGCGUCACCCGUGCUGCCAAUGCUCAUCGUGUCGGCCAUCGACAAGCCCGUGGCCGGCGACUACGAGAGUCAUCUCUUGGAGCUGCAAGUGCAAGUCGCCCCUUGCCUCGCGACGCCUGACCAUGACGACAAGAAAACAACUCGGCCGCAGGACGCCCAUGCCUGCGACUUUGACGUUGGUCAAGUGGCCAAGUACCAGCUACUGCUCUCGCAGGCCAACGCCACCCAGCGCUGGACCCUUGUCGAUAGUCUUCAAGUGUUUGAUUCUGACAAGCAAGGUGGCAAGCCAGAGCUGCGCCCGCUGCCUGAUUUUCUGCCCGUGCAAGACGCGUCCGAGUCGCAUGCGGUGCCGUUUGGGCAGCUCUUUCUGCAUGUGCUCGUCGUCGCAGCGUGUCUCUUGUCGAUGAUUGCAGUCGUCGCGCACUCGCUCAAGACGCGCCGGGAGGGGUACGCCGCCAUCUCGCGCCACGCCCAAGUCCAGAAGAAGCAAGUGCGCCGGGUGGACCUUCGCCAUGCGAACCCGGUUCCGCGCAACGAGGACAAGGUGCUGCGCCACUCGCACGAGCAAAACGAGCGCUUUGCGGUUUAAAAAUAAGAAACACUGCUUGAUAAUCUGUACGAAAGCCUCGACGACGACGAUUGU